GCUCCUCCUCCUCCCACACUGUCAUGCGCAUGAUAAGGGUAUUCGCUCGCACUCUUCUAGACUGCGUCAUUUCAGACAAACAGCGAACAUGGCGGGUCUAGUUGCAAAGAAGUGUAUCACCCCGCUUGUUGUGAUAAGAAGGAUCACUUCCCCGGAAUAUACGGUCCAAGCCGCCUACCACAAGAAGGUAGUGGACCAUUAUGAGAACCCAAGGAAUGUUGGCUCCCUGGACAAGACUUCCAAGAAUGUGGGGACAGGCUUGGUGGGAGCCCCAGCGUGUGGAGAUGUGAUGAAGCUUCAGAUUCAGGUGGACGAUCAGGGGAAGAUUGUGGAUGCCAGGUUCAAGACGUUUGGCUGUGGCUCAGCCAUUGCCUCCAGCUCCCUGGUAACAGAGUGGGUGAAGGGCAAAUCCAUUAAUGAAGCACUGACAAUAAAGAACACUGACAUUGCCAAAGAGCUCAGUCUUCCACCUGUCAAACUUCACUGCUCCAUGCUGGCAGAGGAUGCCAUCAGAGCUGCUCUGAAUGACUACCGUCUCAAACAGCAGGAUGGCAAGAUUGAUGCUGUCAAAGCCAGCAACUAAGGGAGGACUCUCUCGUAGUCCUGGACACCCUUGUCCUGCACCCUACUGCCAAGGAGACACUCAAAUGUAGUCCUGGCUCCCCACUCCUCCAUCCUUCUAUAUAUGGGGCAUCCUAAAUGAGCCCAGGUUAUGUCCACCCAUACAACGUACAUAGACAACACAGUAUACACACCAGGCCCCUGUGGCAUUCUGUGGUUUCCCAAUCUACUCUGUAGCCUGUCACGUUAACGCACAAUUUAAGGGCACUGAUCGGGUGAUUGGUACAAAAUAAGCCUUAUUUUCAGGAGUGAGAAAUGCAAAGUGAGCCGAGACAAGUUUGCUUUGUCUUUAUUCAAUUUAUUUUGUCAUGGUUUGGGGGUAUUUUCCAUUGGGAAAUGAUUAUGGAUGCUGUGGUGAAGUAUUGAAUAAGAUUUCUAAAGGUGUCCCAUCAACACCCAUGUAGCACAAAUGUUUUGAAGGCAAUGAGGAAAUGCAGUGCAGGAGAUAUAAAAUGACAGCAAACUGGUAAGGUAUCUAUUUGGAUUAUUUUGUCACAUUUCAUACUUCCUGGUUGUAAUAUGCAAAUUAAUAAAGUAAGGCGUGUACGUAGUAUGUUAA